AUGGCCGCCGCCCCGCCCCGCCCCGCCGCCAAUGGCCGCCGCCCUCCGGGUCCCGCCGCCAAUCGCCGGUCAGGCCCCGUCGGAAUGGACCAAUCAGCGGCCGCCCCGAACGUACGGUCGGCGCCGUGCUUAAAAGGGCAGUGCCACGGUGGGCCCCGCCCCACGGCGGCGGCGGGGAGGUUCCGGGGCGGCGGCGGCGGCACCGGCGCAUGGCGGCGCUUCCGCUGGGGGCGGCGCGGCGGCACCAUGAACUACAUGCCCGGCACAGCCAGCCUCAUCCAGGAUAUCGACAAGAAGCACCUGGUCCUGCUGCGGGACGGCCGGACGCUCAUCGGGUUCCUCCGCAGCAUCGACCAGUUCGCAAACUUGGUGUUGCACCAGACUGUGGAGCGCAUCCACGUGGGCAAGAAGUAUGGGGACAUCCCUCGAGGCAUCUUCGUUGUGAGAGGCGAGAACGUUGUUCUGCUGGGGGAAAUAGACCUGGAGAAGGAGAGUGACACACCUCUGCAGCAGGUCUCCAUCGAGGAGAUCCUGGAGGAGCAGCGGGUGGAGCAGCAGGCCAAGCAGGAGUCGGAGAAGCUGAAAGUGCAGGCGCUGAAGGAGCGGGGCCUCUCCGUCCCGCGGGCGGACACCCUGGACGAGUACUAGCUGUGCUGCCCCUCGGACCUGUCCUCCGCAGCAGAGCGAGGGGUGCUCUGUGAUCUGCCCCUGCGUGGGCAGAUCUCUUUGGAAAGGCAGUUUUUAUUUCCGAUUGUGUUUUCUGUGGCACAGCUAACUGUAAAAAAAAAAAAAAAAUCAUGCCUUUAGUUUCUCCUUGCAGAGAAGGAGAGAAGGCGUUUGCUGCCCUUUGAGGUGGCCAGGCGUGCUGGGGAGCAUGAGUGUUUGUGUUCAGGAGGCAAAUUGCUUGGUCCUUUGGGUUUGUUUGCUUUUUUCCUCCUCAUGUGGCUCUGGGUGAGAGUUUUCCUUGACGUGUAAAUAAAUCCUCUAUCUCAACAAC